GUAAGAUAUGAAACCUCCUCGGUUGAACUGUGGAAGUGAUAAACCCUCGUGAAAUCCUCUCCUGCUAACAUCUGAAUGCUAGGGCUGUAGAUUAUGAAGUGAAGCAACAGUUGCAGCCUUUCCUUCUAUAAAUUCGCAGGUUUUUAAUCAGAGCGGCCCAGUAUGCUGUUGCAGUUUCACACAAAGCAUAAAUCUUUAUUCAUUAUGUGCCAACCUGCGCUGCUGAAUCACGCAUUUGCAUUGAACCCUUUAAAAUUCCCCAAAGGGUUCAGUCGAAACCACCCAGAGAAGUUCCAAUCUUUGAAUCUCUGUAAUAUCCCAUUUGAUUGCCGGAAUUUCUCGAGUGGGAUUAAUUCCGGGGGUUUCCAAUCAAUUACUACCAGAUCCUUUUCAAGCUCGUAUUCGGGUGCGGGUGUUAGAGGCCAUGGAAAGAAUCUACCUUGGUUGGCAAGGGAUAAGGCUAAACGAGCGAAAGGUUCUGAUAAAGUGAUGGCAAUGAAAGGAAGCCAGUCUUCAUGGGAGGAAUCGGCAGAGAAGUUCUUGAAAAGUGGUGGGUCAGUUUCUGAAAAUGUGGUUAGGAGAUUUGGUAACAGAAGGAAUGAGGAUGCGGAUGGAGAUUAUGGGGGAGAAGUCAAAGAAGAUGAAGAAAGCAAGCAAGUUGAUGAUCCUAGAUGGGAUAAGAUCAAGAAUAGGUUUAAUAGGAUUAAAACGAUGAAUGGUCCGGAUAGGCCUGAGGUAAAGAGGUGGAAUAAUCAGGAAAGUUGGGGUCGGAAAACUUGGAAGGAGGCUACAGAAUCAACAGUACCAAAGAUGGUCGGUGAAGGGAUUUAUGGGGUUGGCCCGGUUUUGGCUGCCUUAUCUGCUCAAAGGAGGGAAUUCUAUGCUUUGUAUGUUCAAGAAGGGUUGGACUUGAGUGGGAACAAUCGGAAGAAGAAGGAUAAGAAAGGGGUCGAGAAAGUUCUGAAGAUAUCAGAAAAGAUUGGGUUGUGUACAAAGGAGUUGUCCAAACAUGACCUGAACAUGAUUGCCGAUAACAGGCCCCACCAAGGGCUAAUCCUUGAUGCUUCCCCGUUAGAAAUGGUCAACAUUAAAGAGCUGGAACCUGUUUCGUGUGAGGGGGAGGAUGCCCCUCUUUGGGUAGCCCUAGAUGAGGUAACUGAUCCUCAGAAUCUAGGAGCAAUUAUACGAUCUUCUUACUUCUUCGGAGCCUCAGGAGUGGUUUUGUGUGCCAAGAACUCUGCCCCGUUGAGUGGAACCGUGAGCAAAGCAAGUGCAGGCUCGCUCGAGUUAAUGGAGGUCAGGUCUUGCAAGAACAUGAUGCAGUUCCUGACAUCAUCAGCUGGAAAUGGUUGGCGAGUUUUAGGAGGUUCAGUCUCUUCAAAAGCCCUUCCUUUGAACAAGGUUGAGCAUGGUGGUAUCCCUACAAUUCUUGUUUUGGGCAGUGAGGGUAUGGGUUUGAGGCCAUUGGUCGAGAGGUCCUGUACUCAACUGGUUAGAAUUCCAGGCAACAUACCUGUAGAUGUAACCGCAAAGGGAGAAGUUGACGAUGAUGAUGUUGAUGCAGAAACAGAUAGUGAAGGUUCUAAUGGUAACUUCAAGCGAUUCAUGGCUGUUGAGAGUUUGAAUGUAAGUGUUGCAGCAGGUGUCCUCCUCCAUUACUUGAUUCGCAGAAACUAGGCGAUGGAUAAAUAGCCAGGACAAAUGGGGACAUAUGUUCAUCAAGCCAGGUGACAUCACACUCUUUGA